GCCCGCGGGGGUCGCGACCCUCUCGCCCGGCCGGUCUCCGGGACUUCCGGCUCGGCGCGGUGACGCCGCGGGGUCGCGCCCCACGUGACUCCACACCCGGAAGCGGCGCGGAGCGGCCGCCGGUGCCGCCCCCGGUACCGCUCCCGCUCCCGUCAUGUGAAGCGGCGGGACGGGCUCCCGCAGGUGCGCGGGCAUUGCCGGCCACGAUGGAGCCCACGGCCUCGCAGGUGUUCUGCGGGAGGGUGCUGGGCAUGGUCAACGCCGAGGACGUCAACGCCAUCAUCCUAGCCCAGAAAAACAUGUUGGAUCGGUUUGAGAAGACCAACGAGAUGCUGCUCAACUUCAACAACCUGUCCAGCGUGCGCAUGCAGCAGAUGAGCGAGCGCUUCCUGCACCACACCAGGACCCUGGUGGAGAUGAAGAAGGACCUGGACAGCAUCUUCCGGAGGAUCCGGACGCUCAAGGGGAAGUUGGCAAAGCAGUACCCAGAGGCUUUCAGCAACAUCCACGAAUCCCCCAUCCUGGAGGACGACGACGACUUCGACCCCGUCCCCAAGAGCACCACGACCACCAUCGCUACCUCGGAGCAGAGCACGGAGUCCUGUGACACCAGCCCCGACGUCAUCUCCCCCACCACCAGCCAGGAUUUUGAGGAUUUAUCCCAAGGCCAGUACGACGGCCCGGCCGUGAACGGACAGAGUCUCACAGACGAGGACACGGCCAGCGGCCUGGACUAGGAGCCACGUCCCGCCCCUGGAGAACUUUCUAGCCUGUAUUUAUAUUUGUGUGUCGCUCUUUUGCUUUUUUUUUUUUUUUUUUGGGUUUUUUUUUGGUUUUUUUUCCCCUCGGGAAGAGGGAAGCGAAGGCUGGGAGAAAGCUGAGGGAGGAAGGUGCUGCCCUUCUGCCUGGAAACUGCCACUGAGGUGUAAAGCCAGCGCUCGCUUCAGGGGGAAUCAGUAAAUCCUGGGUUGGAAAUGCCUCUUGUCCUCCCUCCUUCCUGCGCUCAGGAGAGCGGCUACACUUCACCUGUGUAGAUUUUUUUUGGCGCAGAAAAGCCGUUUUUGGGGCA